AUGAAAGUGAUAAUAAUCUUUGGUUGUCCUGGAUCAGGUAAGACUACCUUAUCUAAAUUGCUCAAUACAGACAUUAUAAUAGAGGCAGAUUCUUUAUAAUAACAACAUCAAUUUAAUCCGGAUGAUUGGAAGAAAUCUCGAGUCUAAGUCAGAUAAAUAUUAGAAGAAUAUUUAUAGGAAAAGAAAUUCUAAACCAUAUUAAUUGAUGAUGAUUUUCUGUUAAUGAGUCAGAGAAAACAAAUCUUACACAUAUGUCAAAAAUUUAAGGCUAGUUACAUUGAAAUUUUAAUUAAUUUAAAUUUACAAGAUCUUUUAAAUAGAAAUUCAACCAGAGAUAUCAAAAAAAAAUUAAACGAUGAAAUUGUAGAACUCCUUUUUAAUAAAUUUGAAUCCAAAAGUUUAUAAAAUACAAUAAUCAUUGACAGUAAAUAUAAUACAUUUGAACUAUUGAAUUAAUAAGUUAUUGAUAUGGACAUUAAGCAUCAAAAUGAGUAUUUGACUGAAGAUUAAAUGAUCAAUGAAAAAGAAAAUUAAAUAAAGCAAAACUAAGAAAACAUUGUACAUUAGACAGAUUUGGAACUAAGAAAAGUAAUUUCAACUUUAUGUAAAUAAACUGGAAAAUAGGGCAAUUACGAUCCAAAAUAUUUGAGCCUUAAAAAAAAGUAAUUUCUAUAGUCUCACUUAACAGAGAAUGUUGAAGAGAAUGUAUUUUUAUUCUUAUAAACAUUAUGA